CUCUGCUCUCCCUCCCUCCAUCGACCUGCUCUGUGUGAGAGGUUUACUCACAAUGUUAGAACGAAACCAGCCGGAUAAAAGUUAGUUUAAUGGGAAGAAAGGCUCCAAGUACAGGACCAUGGGGUAUGGGCAAUUCCUCCACCGGCAGGGCAAUGAGGAAGACCAGGUCCACCUAAAUGUGGGAGGGGUACGACAUGAAGUGGACCCAGACAUGCUGCUCCGCUUCCCUCACACACGCCUGGCUCGUCUGCUGUGCUGUCGAAGCGAGGCGGCGAUCCUCGAGCUGUGUGACGACUACAGCCCGGCAGAGAAGGAGUACUACUUUGACCGGAAUCCACGAGUUUUCCUCUGCGUGCUCAACUUCUACUACACCGGCCAAAUCCACAUGAUGGAGGAGCUGUGCGUCUUCUCCUUCAGCCAGGAGAUCGAGUACUGGGGUAUCCAUGAGCUGCACUUGAGCUCCUGCUGUAACAACUGGUACCACGAGAGGAAAGAGUACAUCGAGGACAAAGACUGGGAAAUCCAAAGUGACGACCAGCAGCCGCCCAGCUUAGGCUCUUCCUUCGAGGAGCUCUCCGCUCUUGAUAAAGACCUGGCUAAGUUCAAAGGUGCCUGGUGUGCUGAAGUGAGGAGCUACAUUUGGCUUCGGCUGGAGGAUCCAGGCCACUCCACAUCCUCAAAGAUCAUUGCUGUGGCCUCCCUCAGUGUGGUGUUGACCUCCAUCAUUGCUAUGUGCGUCCACAGCAUGCCUGAGUUCCAACGCUUGGAUGAAAAUGAUAGACCCAUCGAGGAUCCGGUCCUUGCCAUCCUUGAGGAAAUCUGUAUCGCUUGUUUCUCUGCAGAGUUCAUCAUCAGGCUAAUUGUCGCUCCCUCUCGGAGAAAGUUCCUUGGAAACCCCUUAAACAUCAUUGACGUGGCUUCCAUUUUGCCAUAUUACGCCACUUUAGCUCUAGAAACAGCCGACGAGGAGGCCGCUGAGGAGAACGAGGACUUGGAAAAUGUGGGGAAGGUGGUACAGGUUCUGCGCCUCAUGAGGGUUCUUCGAAUCCUCAAACUGGCUCGCCACUCCAUUGGACUGCGAGCGUUGGGCGCAACAGUCCGCCACAGCUACAACGAGGUGGGUCUGCUCCUGCUCUUCCUCUCGGUGGGGAUUUCAAUCUUUUCUGCCCUGAUCUACUUUGCUGAGAAGGAAGAGGAAAGCACAGAUUUGGGGACCAUCCCUUCAGGCUGGUGGUGGGCGACAAUAACCAUGACCACAGUCGGCUAUGGCGACACAUGCCCGGUGACACUAGCGGGGAAGAUUGUGGCCACUUUGUGCAUUGUCUGUGGACUAUUAGUCGUAGCUCUACCCAUUUCUAUCAUUUUCAAUAAGUUCUCAAAAUAUUAUCAAAGAAAUAAAGCCAUGGAGGAAAAGUGUAUCACUAAACCUGAGAGAAAAGACCCUGAACUCCCUCAUUACAACAUCAGAGAACUGUUCACAGAAAGCGUGUACCCCUUCAUUGGAGGAAUCGCCUUCAGGAACAGUGAGAGCAGCGCGGGAGACGACACAGAUGCCUCCAGUCUCCAGGACGUAGAACUAUAUGAUAAUGACACUUGUGAAAAUGGGGCGGCAAAAUGAGUUUCUCCUUUAUGACUGCAAGUCACUUGGUGCCUCUCAGGGCAGAGUGCUCCAUCACUGACCCUGCCUCCCUGUACUGUCUUCCUCCUGCAAUUUGACGGAGAAAUCAUGGCCAUGAACCUUUUUUUUAUUAUUAUCUAUUUGGGAAUAGCUUGCAAAAAACAUACCCCAUAUCGCUAAAACCAGGAAAUCUUAAGGGAAUUAUCUGAACCUCGCUCAGAGGUUUCAAAAGCCCAUUUUCUGCUUGACAAAACAGCGAUGAUGCAUGUAGGAGGCCAUAAUGUUAAUGUUUCUCAAAGUGAUGCCCUGUAUUGAUUCGUCUGCCUGCUGAAAGUUCAGACCGACAGUUCGACAGACACAGAAGUCUUCAAUGAUAACAACAAUGUUUGAUGCUGAAAUAUUGCAUUAUAUGUCUCUGAGCUGGCUGAUUUUACACAGUCUGCAUGAACAAAAAAUGGAUGCGAUUCUUCUGUCGGACUAUGCAGUUUUUAUUGACGCCGAUGAAGAGAGGCAACAGACUGUCUCAGAACACUUUUUGAAAUCCCUGGUUUGCCAGGUUAUUGUUUUGACAUUUGUCGUUCAGGCAGUUGUUUGGGCAUGCUGGGUGACUCCUGUGGGGUAAUUCAUGUGGACAUGAAAUAAAACUCAGUGAAUCAGAAGAAACAUGCCUCCCAUUUGUGACAAGGCAUACAGUAGGUAACUCAUUCAAAGAAACAUCCAGUUGAGGUUCGUCCCUUUUAUUUGUUGCCUGGUGUCGUGGAAAUGCUGAAAUUCAACACUUUCCUGCCUGAUGUGACUUUAAAAUUUCUAACUAGAAAUCAAUAUCAUGGUUUUCAGCAGUGGUGAAAUGCAGGGAAAUUGUGGCAGUAACUUUCCUCACUCUUGUCUGUUCCUGAAAGUAUUGAUUUCCUGUCAGCUGUUAUAGUGUACGCUUGGAUUAGCUGCUGUUCUAUACUAGAGCAAGAGAUGUAAAAGAUCUUUUCUCUGCAGGGGACUCCAAGGUGUUGAGCAAAAGCAGUUGACCAGAAACGUCCUACGAUCACAAUAAACCCUCCAAAAUGUUACUUGAACUAUUUUAUUGUCUCAGAUUGGAUUUAGAGUUUAGGUUGUCGACUGCUUGAAUUUCUCCCUAAUGUUAACAGAUAAGACCAUUACUCCCUGAUAAUUAGCUAAUUGUUCUAAAUGAGUUUCGAUUACUUGGCUUCUUGUGUAAGAUUUGAAACACUCAGGAUAUAUUAGCAUAGUGCUUAGUCCACACUUUAUUUUUUUUGCCUUUGUCAGCUGCCAUUUAUUGUAAUGACAAACACACAGUAUUGGUACCGACAUGCAAUGAUUUUCAUUAAAUAGUGCAAUCGAUUAUGUAUAAAAAUGCAAAUCAUGCAUCGAUACGUCAGGGUUUGCAGAAGACAAAGUGCAUCUCAAAGGUCAAGGUCAACUUGGCCUAAUGCCUGUCCCAAAAAUACUGCAUACUUCUUCAGGACGUUAAUCAACUUAGGUCACCUAGAACAGGAAAAAAUCACUCACUGGUUUAAUUGCUAACAAGAGGUCAAGAGUUUUUUCAUUCUUUAAGGGCUAAAGAGAAAAAAAAAUAAGAAGGAAGUGAGGAUGAACUGGAUUAUGAGCGGAAAACAAAAGUGUAAGAAUGAUCUAUAUGUGCCAUGAAAUAAUACUGGAUGCUUAUGAUGAUCAUAAGAGCUGUUGUUCU